UGGCUCAAAGGUAGCAAAUACUGGCUCAUAAAUAGCAAAUUCUGGCUCAUAGAUAGCAAAUACUGGCUUAUAAAUAGCAGAUACUGGCUCUUAGAUAGCAAAUACUGGCUCAUAAACAGCAAAUUCUGGCUCAUAGAUAGCAAAUACUGGCUUAUAAAUAGCAGAUACUGGCUCAUAGAUAGCAAAUACUGGCUCAUAGGUAGCAGAUACUGGCUCAUAGAUAGCAAAUACUGGCUCAUAGAUAGCAAAUACUGGCUCAAAGAUAGCAAAUACUGGCUCAUAGAUAGCAAAUUCUGGCUUGAAUAUGAAAUCCCAAUGAAAAUCCAAGAUGUAAAUUUAUGA